AUGCUGGAACUACUAAAAUUCUUCCCUCCCUCGAAGCAAUCUUGUUAUGGGACGACUUAUGGACGGCAUAUCACUAGACUUUCUACCAAACGUUUCUAUAAGGUAUUAGCAAUCGAAACAUCCUGUGAUGAUACAUGCGUUGCGAUUAUCGAUCGAUACUCAUUGAAAGAGCCUCCAAAACUUCUGGCCAACUUCAAAGACACUUUAGACAGUAAAGACCAAGGUGGAAUAAUUCCAACGAAAGCGCAUCUUCAUCACCAAUCGCGAGUUGGUCCCUUAGUGGAUAAAGCGCUCAAUGAAGCAAACUCAAGGACAGGUAUAGACCUAGUUUGUGUAACCAGAGGCCCAGGUAUGCCGGGUUCAUUGUCUGGAGGAUUAGAUUUCGCAAAGGGCCUUGCUGUCGCAUGGAACAAACCACUCAUCGGUGUACAUCAUAUGCUGGGUCAUCUUCUCCUUUCCCGCAUGAAUAGCAAUGGCGAGGAGCCUGAAUUCCCUUUCAUAAAUCUUUUGGUGAGCGGUGGCCAUACAUUGGUAGUUUUAUCUAAAAGUGUUUCGUCACACGAGAUUCUUUGCGAAACGAUUGACAUUGCAAUUGGAGACUCCUUGGACAAGUGUGCCAGGGAAAUUGGAAUGAAGGGAAACAUGCUGGCAAAAUCUAUGGAAACUUUUAUCAAUGCUGAUUUAGUUCACUCGAAAAGCGAUUCAGUGGAAAUGAAACUGCCAAAUCCACUGCGAAACCAAAACGGCAGAAUGAACGUACAGGCAUUUUCUUUUGCCCCGUUUAUUACUGCUGUUAGAAAAAGUAUGACUAAGCAACUAGAGGACUACUCAGUGAUGGAGUUAAGAUCCAUAGCCUAUCAGAUACAAGAAGCUCUUUUUAAUCAUCUAAUUUCCAAGAUAAAACUUACGCUACACUUUAAUCAUGAUAAGUUGAGAGAUGCUAAGCACUUUGUAUGUUCCGGAGGAGUAGGCGCCAACAGAAGGCUAAGAGAGAAGCUAGAAGAUGAACUAAGCGAUGCUUUUACAUCGUUCCACUAUCCUGAGCCUUCUCUAUGUACUGACAAUGCCGUAAUGAUUGGUUGGGCAGGCAUUGAAAUUUACGAAAAGCUAAGAUUAACCACUGAACUAGACAUCAAUCCAAUCAGAAAGUGGCCAUUACCUGAUCUGCUGGAAGUCGAUGGUUGGAAAAAACGAGAGAUUACUGACUCAUAA